AUGGAAGACCGGAAGUACAUUUACCAGGAAAUCGGAAAACUAAAAAUGGGGAUGAAUUUGAAAUACCAGAUUUUAAUUGUGGCGUGUUUAAACAUAGGACAGAUAAUUGUUGGCUAUAGUGUUGGCUGGUCAGCUCCCAUCAUACCCAAACUGCAGAACUCCACAGAUAAUCCUCUACCAGAGCCGAUUACAGAUUUGGAAGCGUCAUGGGUCGGAUCUCUGUUGUAUAUUGGUGCUAUGGUCGGUCCAUACGUAACAAGCAUCCUAGCAAACCUUGUUGGAAGGAAGCCGUGCCUUAUCAUCGGCGGUUUGUUGAACAUCAUCUCAUAUGUACUGGUGAUCACGACCAAGAAUGUCCUGAUGGUGUACGCUAUUAGAAUCAUCAGCGGUCUUGGAAUGGGUAUCACGACAGUCGGAAAUAUUGUCUAUAUUGGAGAAAUAGCGUCGACUCACAUUAGAGGUAUCCUAUUAACAUCAACGUCUAUAAUCGGUAUAUCUGGCACUCUCCUAGUCUAUGCGGUAGUACCCUAUGUCACCUAUGUGGCAACUGGAUAUAUAGCAUUGGUGAUAGCUGUACUCCAUGUCGUUGGAUUAUUUUUUGUACCUGAAUCACCAGUUUAUUAUGCUAUGAAAGAGAAAGAGAUAAAAGCCACAAAAGUUCUAAACCUGCUCGGCCGCUCUGACGAUACCACCAGAAUCCUGGACACAUUCAAGAAGCAAGAACAAACAACGAAGCUGCAAGACUGGCUUGAGAUCUUCACCAUCAAAUCUAAUAGGAUAUCUCUCAUCCUCACAUUCAUGCUGGGAGCAUUUCAGCAGACCAGCGGUGUCGCUGUUGUGCUCUUCUUCGCGACCACCAUAUUUGGUUUAGCUGGAUCCUCAGUGGAGCCUCAUAUAGCGACUAUUAUAAUUGGCGUUACGAGAUUAGUUUCCAGCUUGAUAGCUCCCACAUUCAUUGACAGAUCUGGAAGGAAGAUAUUGCUUCUGAUAUCAAUGGCUGCUUGUGCCAUUAGCUUGUCAGUUCUAGGAAUCUACUUCUACUUGGAUAGAAUUGGCAGCCCAGCUCUGCAGAGUAUUGGAUGGUUGCCGAUGGUGGCGCUCAUAGUAUACUUCUUCUGUUACGAAGCAGGAUUUGGAACCAUCCCAAACGCAAUUGUGGGAGAGAUGUUCAGAAUUAAUGUCCGAUCGAAUGGAUCCGCUCUAGCCAUCACCAUGACCUGGCUUGUCGGGUUCGCUCUGACCACCAGUUUCAACAGUAUGGUGGAUACCCUCGGAGGCGACGUCACUUUCUGGCUCUUCGGAGGGUCUUGCAUCUUUGCUUUUCUCUUUACCUUUUUCUUUUUACCUGAAACUAAAGGAAAGACUUUGAACGAGAUUCAGGAGAUGUUAAGCUAA